CUGCUGGGUUCGGCUGCGACUCGCGCUCAGUCCUCGACUGGCGGUCCGCGGCGGCGCGCGCCCCGCGCUCCCUGCACCCGCGCCCCCCGGAUCCGCGCCCGGCCCCGCGGCGGGCGGGAGCAGCGGCCAUGCCGCCGAGGCGCAGCAUCGUGGAGGUGAAGGUGCUGGACGUGCAGAAGCGGCGGGUGCCCAACAAGCAUUAUGUCUACAUCAUCAGGGUCACGUGGUCCAGCGGCUCCACUGAGGCCAUUUACCGGCGCUACAGCAAGUUCUUUGACCUCCAGAUGCAGAUGUUGGAUAAAUUUCCAAUGGAAGGAGGGCAGAAGGACCCCAAACAGCGGAUCAUUCCCUUUCUGCCAGGCAAAAUUCUUUUCCGGAGAAGCCACAUCCGGGACGUGGCUGUCAAACGCCUGAUACCAAUUGAUGAAUACUGUAAGGCCCUGAUCCAGCUGCCCCCCUAUAUCUCUCAGUGCGAUGAGGUGCUGCAGUUCUUUGAGACAAGACCUGAGGACCUGAAUCCUCCCAAAGAGGAGCACAUUGGGAAAAAGAAAUCUGGGGGUGACCUGACCUCAGCGGACCCCAUGGUCCUGGAGCAGUAUGUGGUGGUGGCCAACUACCAGAAGCAGGAGAGCUCAGAGAUCAGCCUCAGCGUGGGGCAGGUGGUGGACAUCAUCGAGAAGAAUGAGUCAGGUUGGUGGUUCGUCAGCACUGCCGAAGAGCAAGGCUGGGUCCCUGCAACCUGCCUCGAAGGCCAGGAUGGUGUGCAGGAUGAAUUUUCCCUACAACCUGAAGAAGAGGAGAAGUACACGGUCAUCUACCCGUACACGGCCCGCGACCAGGACGAAAUGAACCUGGAGAGAGGAGCCAUGGUGGAGGUCAUCCAGAAAAACCUAGAAGGCUGGUGGAAGAUCAGGUACCAGGGCAAAGAGGGCUGGGCCCCAGCCUCCUACCUAAAGAAAAGCAGUGGGGAGCCCUUACCCCCAAAGCUGGGCCCUGGCUUGUCAGCUCACUCAGGUGCCCUCGACCUGGAUGGCGUUUCCCGGCAGCAGAAUGCGGCGGGCAGGGAGAAGGAGCUGCUCAACAACCAGAAAGACGUCCGGUUCGAAGGCCGUCCAGCCCCCGAUGGCGACAUUAAGCAGCGGUCACCAAAGAUGAGGCAGAGACCCCCUCCUCGCCGGGAUAUGACUAUACCUCGAGGACUGAACCUACCCAAGCCUCCCAUCCCACCCCAAGUGGAGGAAGAGUAUUACACCAUUGCCGAGUUCCAGACAACCAUCCCUGAUGGCAUCAGCUUCCAGGCAGGCCUGAAGGUUGAGGUGAUUGAGAAGAACUUGAGUGGCUGGUGGUACAUUCAGAUUGAAGAAAAGGAAGGAUGGGCCCCAGCAACCUUCAUUGACAAAUAUAAGAAAACCAGCAAUGCCUCAAGACCCAACUUUCUGGCUCCCCUGCCCAAUGAAGUGACCCAGCUCCGGCUUGGGGAUGUAGUAGCAAUGGAGAACCACACAGGCAGUGAGGCUGUCGGCCCCUCCCGGCCCCUGCCUGAUGCACCUCCUGGUGGAGUGGACUCGGUGAUGCAGUGGUCCAAAGACUGGAAGGGCAGCAAGGAGGUCCUGAGAAAGACGUCUGCAGACAUGUCUGCAUCUGCAGGCUAUGAGGAGAUCUCGGACCCCAACAUGGAAGAGAAGCCCAGCCUCCCUCCCCGGAAAGAAUCCAUCAUCAAGUCCGAAGGGGAGCUGCAGGAGAGGGAGCGGCAGAGGAUGGAACAGCUCAGGGGCUCUUCGCCCAAGCCUCCCGGCAUGAUUUUGCCAAUGAUUCCAGCCAAACACAACCCCCCGGCCCGGGACAGCAGGAGGCCCGAGCCCAAGCCCGACAAAAGCAAAUUGUUCCAGCUGAAAAAUGAGAUGGGGCUGGAGUGUGGCCACAAGGUGUUGGCCAAGGAAGUAAAGAAGCCCAACCUCCGGCCCAUCUCCAAAUCCAAAGCUGACCCACCAGAGGAGAAGCCAGAAGCCAUUCCCCAGAACCCCUUCUUGAAGUCCAGACCUCAGGUUAGGCCCAAACCAGCUCCUUCCCCCAGGACAGAACCACCUCAGGGCGAAGACCAAGUGGACAUUUGCAACCUCAGGAGUAAGCUCAGGCCUGCCAAGCCCCAAGAGAAAUCCUUGUUGGAUGGGGAGAGCCACCAGGCUGUCGGAGGCCAAGACAUGGCCUUCAGCCGCAGCUUCCUCCCAGGGGAGGCGUCUGGCCGUGCCCAGGAGAGGACGGGCAAACAGGAUGGCCCUGUCCCAAAGGAGAUAUCCUCCAGAGCCCCACCGAGGCCAGCCAAGAUGGCAGAUCCUGCGCCCAAGAACGUCCCCAUCCCUCUUCAGGAGCCUCCCCAGCAGAGGCCUGUGGUCCCACCCCGGAGACCACCACCCCCCAAGAAAAGCUCCUCAUCGCCCAGGCCCCUCCCAGAGGUCAGAGGGCAGCAGCCAGAGGCCAUCAAAGCCAAGGCAGCCCCUGCCCCUGGCCGCGCCCUGCUCGUCCCUCCAAAAGCCAAACCUUUUCUCUCCAACUCCUUGGGAGGCCAGGAUGAUGCAAGAGGCAAAGGGGGGCCAGGGCCCCGGAUGGCAGGAAAGAUGGGAGACAACAGGGAGAAGGCAUCAGCAGCCCCCAGCCCCGAUGGCCCGAAGGACUCUUUGUAUGUGGCUGUGGCCAACUUCGAAGGCGAUGAAGACACCAGCAGCUUCCAGGAGGGGACGGUGUUCGAAGUCCGGGAAAAGAACAGCAGCGGCUGGUGGUUCUGCCAGGUCCUGAGCGGGGCCCCUUCCUGGGAAGGGUGGAUUCCUUCCAACUAUCUCAGGAAGAAGCCAUAACUGCCCCCUCCCUCCCUGCCUGGAGGUCCCAUUGGUCCCUGCUGGCUUUACCCACAUAUUUAAUAUGCCUCCUAA